AUGCGCUUCCUGUGGACCCUGGUGGCUGUAGGAGCCGUCGUCGUCUUCGCCAAAGGUUUCAGAGCUUCUCCUCCGAUUCUCGUUCUGACAGCUUCUUUUCUGUGAGGCAGAUUUCAUAAGAAGCUCUCACGGCGAAACGCCUUUUCAGCUGUUUUUUAAGCUCUGAAAGAUAAUAGAGAACCGACUAUAUAAUCUUAAACUUUAAGGUAUACACAGCUUCCACGAAAUUUUACAUUCUUUGAUAGAACGAAAAUAUAACUUUCAUGGUUCUCUUCCUCCACGCCACAGAUCUGUCUGUGAGCGAAAUAAACAUUUCAUUCAUAAAAAAAAAGAAAGAAAACAGUUUAAAAGUGAUAGAAUAUCGAGUUCAGAUGCUUUUAGGCUUUUUUAAGACUCUGAAAUUCUACCUUAGUGUGUUCCGCCCGAGAAGGUCCCGUUUUGAAAUAACAGAAAAAAAAGUUACCGUAAAUACGAACUUUUACUCUACAAAACGGCUAAAAAGACAGACAGCAAAAAAAAAAAACAAGGUAUUGAAGCGAAUUGGGGUCAAUUUGGAGCUAAUUUGGUUAAUGGUUUUUUUUACAGAAAAAAAUUGUAAAAAGCUGGUUAGGAAUGGGUUAUAUGGAGUGAAUUCAAUGCUUGCCGUUUUUCAUUAUUUUUUGUUUGAAAAGUCAAACAUUUACCUUACGCCCUUAAACGGUCAUUUACAGAUGCUCCAUCUCGAUUUCUGGACCAAAUGACAUUGGCAAUCCUCCGAGGUGAUGUCGAGACUUCGCCGAAAGCACCUGGAACUAAAGAAACUGAAGUAUUCUUGAACCAGACCUACACGAGAAUUACGAAUCAGGACCUCAUGAAGGCGAAAAACUCGCUCAAGUGGCUUUCUACCGCCCUGAGUGAGUAGCAAAAAUAGUUAGCUCGAGGCGGCUCUUCCAAAAAAAAAAAAGAACUUCAGUUAGCUUCUCGAAACGUCAAAGAUAUCUUGAAAGAACUGAAAAUGAUAUUAAAAAUGAAAAAAUAGUUUUAGCUACGGGAAAUCCGAAAAACUUCGACAUCGCCAUCCGCGCAGCCAGUUUGCUUUGGGUGAGUGGGAGAAAAAGGGGAGAUUCAAACUUUACUCUGAAAAUGCCUAACAGGAUUCUUCAAUUUCAGGAUGGCCACGCGUCACUGAAAAAGUUGUACUGGAUUCUGCGCGUUUUCUUCGAUCCUGGAUUUUUCAAUCCAUAUUCGAGUGAUGAUGAGGUAUUUCCACCUAAGAUGGUGCAAUUUCGAAUGAUAAUAGAUCUUAUUACUUGGAACCAUUUUUUUUUUUCUAGAAAAAUCCAAACUCAUCGGCCGAUGAAGGCAACGACAGCACUCCUUCGGAAGUAAUUUCAUCUUUUUCGAUUUCUUAUAGCAUUUUAUUUCGUUGAAGAACGACUAUUUUCCGCUGGAGGACGAGGAACUUGAGAAACGGCGCGUGGAACUGUGCUUUGUGAGUUUUUAUUAAUUUUGAAUUGCGCUCGUUCAUUUACAGGGGAAGUGGGGAAAGCGUUUCGAAAAACGCAACAAGUCGCUUUUCUCAAUGAUCUGCAAGAAGAAUUGA